GUCCCGGUGGUUCAAAAAUUUGUGUAGCUCUCUUUAAAUGUUGAAAUUUCCCAAUUAAUUUACAUUAUUCUUUGGACAUUGUGACUGGAAAUGGUGUCCAAGUGUGUUUGGCAGUGAAAUUGAAUGGAAUAACGUGAGAGUGUUGGGUAUUUUGGAACAUUGGUAGGAUUUUAUUUCGUGACGGGACUAGGGGCUGCUCAGAAAAAAAAACUACGUUACUCCUUAAAAGGUGGAAGGCCUGUCGGUUCAAUAUCCGCUUCGGGAAUGAAGCAGUGACUUCAUUUUGGUGAAAAUGAUAUAACUAGAGCAUAAUUACUGGCUGAAAAAGGAUUCUUGUUUUGGAGCCUCGGCAUUAAAGCGCGCGUGCCUUUACAACCUUCUACUUCUAUCGGUAGCAGAUUUCCGAUUGGACUAGGAACUUGAGGGCGCACCACUACCAGUACAUUCAGAACUUGGGCAUAGUUCUUCGCGCCCGUCGUUUCCCGACCAUGACUAGUGGGAUAAAGCUUCCGGGCCAUGACCAGUACGAGAAGCUCCGGAAGACGCUCCAGUCCGGCGGACGGUCACAGAUUGACAAGAUAUUGGAAUCGUUGGUGAAGGCCUGCCAGAUAAAGCGAGAGUAUGUUGGGGAGAAGCAGAAGCUCGAUGAUGAUCAGAUGAACUUUUGGUUCAACGACGUGCUGCGGUUGCUGUUCGAUUGGGAGAAUCCCUUGACGAGGGAGCUCGCCCUGAGGGCAUCGGAAGCGAUUCUGCCACACUUGGAGCAAACGCUCUAUCUGGACUCGCCAGCGUGGCCAGCACUGAAGACGCAAAUCAGCAACGUGUAUUCCAACCUGUUGGAACAGGCACGGGGACGGAACGAUCCGGAAUGGCAUCGGAAGUGGUCCGUGCUGGUCCGGAUACUGGAUAAGGAAAUCUGCCAGGGAGCUGUGAUCAUCAACGUGUUCCUGGCCAUCGUGGAAAGCGGAUUCCGCUCGUCGGAAUUGCUGGUUCGCGAGCAAUCGUUCGACUGCUGGAUGCUGCUGGUGGAGAUUUUCGCCAAGUAUAACCAGAUUCACAUCCAGAAGAGAAUUAAGCUGAUCUGUAUACCGCUGAAGAGCUCGAAAUCCAAAACGGAGGUGAUUGCCAAGAAGAAGUUCGAAAUUUGGUGGUUUUUGAUCAACAAGCUGCAAAACCAGCUGGAAACACAUGCGGAUAAUGUUUUCGAGCCGUUCAUCUACUUUUGCUUUGGACCAUCGUUCAAGACACCCCUGUGCUACUACUUUGACGAAAGCUAUCAGGAGUUCGGGGCUCCCGGGAAGAUUUACAAUUCCAUCAAACAACUGUCGGCGGCCGCCCUGAUUCAUCUGUUGGGUCCAGCGGAAAAGGUCACCGAAACGCUUCAUCACGACGUUAGUAGUGGUGGGGCCAAGAACGAAGUGAAAAGCUUCGGCGGCCCAACGAGUGGUGAUAAGACCAUCAUUUCGCCGAAGCUAUUUACGCUGAAGGCGAAACUGAUCAUCAAUUCAUGUACCGAGUGCACGGUGCUGUUUUCCCAGAUGAAAGAUAAAGACUACAUGAAGUUAAACCGGUGCCUGUGGACGAACCUGCUGGCAAUGAUCGAGCAGGAAAAGGUGAUCCCUCGGUCGGAGAUGCUCGGUUGGAUAACGGAGAAUUUGGCGGCCCUGAUCAGUUUGUGCACUCAACUGAAGGACGAAGCGAUGCGUGAACUCCUCUACGACACCGUACAGAUGGUUGCCCGAACCAAUCUUCUGGCGGUGACCAUCGGACAGGACAGUCCCGAGCAGCUGGUCUCCAAUUACCGCACCUUCAUGUCACUGCUGUUUAAUCCGGACUUGGACUACCCUGCAGGCACUUCCUUCACAAUCUUGUCACACGUGUUCGAUUUGCGACGAUACUCGAGCUCCCAGCGGGCUAGCUACUGGGACAUGCUGCAGAAAACGACCCAAUACCUGAUGGAUCUGGAACCGACUGUGCUGCAAAAUAGCGUUCCCAAGUCCACCUCCAACCGCCGAAUGGUGACGCAAAUCUACCGCUCGAUGGCCCUGCAUCUUAAGGAACAGAUCGACUCGCAUCGGGACCAGUUUGAACAGUCGCAAUCUAUUGUGUAUGGGUUUCUUCUUUUCCCAUUGGAGUACGAUCGGUUCCUGGAAGUGGACGACGUGCGCGACGUUUGGCAACAGGUUUACGCUGCGAUGGUAACCGGCCAAAAGUCAACGCGGUAUGCUUGCGGGAUGAGCGAGGUCAUUAAGGCGAUGACCGUUGCCAAGUACAACUGUAAUUUGGGAGUGAUACUGGAAUUCUUCCGAAUGGUGCUGGAGUCGAUACCGGGAGAUUUCGACAUCGGAGAACCUCCGCUCAAGACGAUCGAACUGUUCAAGGAUCUGGUGCGGAAGGCUUUGGUGUUCCAGAACAGUCUGAUCGAAGUUGGGAAGGGGGUGGUAUCGUUCCGGAAGCUGAUUGAAAAGAUGACCACGAAGGGACUGCUACUGGUCAUAAUGCCGAUUCGGAAUGUGAUUAGUGAGUUGGUUUGUGGGGAGAGUGAGACCCUGAAGGAGGAAGUGAAAGGAACGUUGAAGACGCUGGUAGAUCGAUUUGGGGCGGGAAGAUUCGUGACGGAGCUGAAAUCACAGCCGAAGGAGGUUAAGUGGAAUUGUAAGAUGUUGAUUGUUCAGUUGUUGGAGCUGCCGAGUGAGAUGCAGAAGCAGUGGAAGAUGGGAGAGCUGAAGAAAUUGGUGGAUAUAUGUGAGGGUAAAGAACCGACCAAGUCGCCGAAACCAGUCAAGAAAGAAGGGGAGUUUGUUGUUAUCGAGAAGGUGUGGAAGUUUACUCCGGACAAACUGACAGAGCAUCAAAAGGAUCGGAUGAAGGAGAAGAGACACGAUAUUCCGGCACUUUAUAACGACUUGAGCCAGUCACAGGAUAGCUUUGUGAUCAAGCCGUGGACGCCGAACAAGAUAGUGAUUCCGUCCGACGAGCGGCAGGAUCACGAUACGAUAGUUAUGUGCGCCAGUGGAGAGUCCAGUUCGGUCCCGAAUGGAGGAGCACCGGAGGCUUCGGUCCCGAAGGAGCAAGGAGCCGGAGUUUCUACGGAGAACAAAUUGGACAAGGAAAACAACAAUGGAAAUGUUCUGAACUCGGAUGAACAGGCAGAUGCGACCAGUUCGACGACCGUUCCCGUGAAAAAAAGAGGGAAGGUAACCAGAGAAUUGGAUUUGUUGAAAAUCGACACGAUCGAAGGGAAGAAUUUACAGGUAACGAGGUUGGCCAGGACCAGAAGGGCUGGAAGUCUGGAACCCUCUGGAUCUACCAGUAGAAGAAAGAGCAUGGAUCCGAAAAAAAUAACUGAGAGAAGCAAAAAAAUUGAAUCGGAGAACAGGCGAACCAGACGGAAAGCCGAAAAAGUCACUGAAAAUAAGGAGAUUAACCAGGAACCUGCAACAUCUCCGGCCAGGAAGAAACCGGAUGACAGAUCAAAGAGUCCGGCGGAACGUACUUCCCCUAGAAAGGCCCUGAAUUUCGACAAUGUCGUCGACAAAGAACCCACUGCAGCAAACGAAGCGCCUUCUACCAGCUCUCCCGUCAAAUCGAAGGCCGCCAACGAGUCGGUUGACGAAAUCAUCGAAUCAUCCCAAGCGAACACCCAGUCUCUUCUAUCCCGGAAGUACACGCCCCGUAAGCCGAAAGAGGACGAAAAGGAAGAAUUGUCCAAAGUUGGCACCGAAACUCUUCCAUUCGAUACGGAAGCUGAGCAGGAGCUGGACAAGCUUAGCCGAAAGUCACCCAUGAAAGCCAAAGCGGAAGACGUGGUAAAGUCGCCCAGCAAAAAUACUAGAGCGGCUGCGGCAGCUGCCCAGCAGCAUCAGGUCACCGAAAUGAAAACGGAACCCAACACCGAACUACCGGAAACCGUACCGAACACGGAACCAUCUGAACCCGCACCUUUGGUCACCCAAAUUGAUCUAAAGUCCAAGACUGCAUCCCCAGCCAAAUCUCCGGCCAAAAGUCCGAGGAAGGGCAAGCGAUCGAUUAGCCCGGGUCCGGAACCGAUGGAAACGGAAUCAAACACUGAACCCGCACCUUCGCAGCCCGAGACUGAACCCAAUACGGAAGCAGUUGUAUCCGAACCUCCGGUCACUAAAAUUGACCAGAAGUCCAAGGUUGCAUCACCGGCAAAAUUAGCAACCCCAGUUAAGUCUCCGGCCAAAAGUCCAAAAAAAGGAAAAAGAUCGGUUAGUCCGGCUGCGAAACCAACGGAAGCAGAACCUGCACCGCAGUCUCCUAAUAAAUUCGACAAACCGGAAGAAGAUCCAUUCACAUCUCCGAAUCUUUCACCGGUGCGAAAUUUGGACGAGGACAUGGAACCACUGGUCAAGAAUCUCAACCGUAGUGUGGUGUCGUCACCGGGCGGACUAGACCAGGAACAACGGGAAGCAGACCUUCUCAACAGCACCCUGAACAUCUCGCCAAUUCCCGAGGAAAAGGGCCAUCCUUCCACACCGACCAUCACAGCAACAGCCAUGGAUCCUCCUGCCUCGGGUAGUGGAGAAAAGCGAGCAUCAAGCCGCAUCAUGGAUCGUGAAAAGGGGUCCACUAUGCCGUCACCCAUCACCCGCCGCACUCGCAAUUCCCCACCGGUCCUCCCUGCUGCCGUCGCUAACCUAAGAAAUCGCACCCCACAGAUGACCCCUCGAAGUCCCAACACCAAUCGGAUAGAGCUUCGUGGACGCGGUGCUCAGCUCAUCAAUCUAAUUCGGAGUCAACAAAACGAAUCAUCUCCGAAACCUUCCUCUGGCCCAUCGCCACAGCACUCCUCGACUCCUAAGGCAGCUCCAGCAGUCCCAAGCGAUAGAAGCCUGAUGCUCCGAAAACUAGCCACAUCCACAACUACCACAUCACAAUCCCCGGAACAAUCCAAACCCCUCGAUAAAGAGAAGGAAAAGAACUACCUGGUGUUCACAAAAGUCCUCCCAUCGCCGCAAGCUUCCCCAGCGGCUAGCAUCCUUAAACGGAAACACAACCAAGACGACAGCGGAGAUGACAUUGAGUCUCCUGCCAACAAACGGAAACGUGUCAGCUUCCACGAUCCUCCGGUUUCGCUGACCAAGGAGUACAUCCGUCAGGAGGAGGAAUGCCGCUCACCUUCCAUCAGUCGCUGUCUUCUGAUGGCCGGCAUGUCCCCAUCGGACAAAGGGAAAUUCCUGCUCCGAAGAAAGAGCAAAGCGGACAGUAUGUCCGAGCUUGCCAAGUUCACACGAGGCUCCUUCACGAUCCCCAACGAACCGGGCAAGGAUGAAGAAGACGAAAUCUCCUCCUCCCCGGAAUCACUCGAUGGAGAGUUCAUGCUAAACACCACCGACAGCAUGAGUGUCCUACAGGUGACAACCGGUGCCGAGGACAUCGAAAUGAAGGAUUAUCCCAAUCCGGAAGUUGCCUCCUGCAGCGGAUCUCAGCUCCCUCCUGCUGCCUCCAUUCCGGUCGAACCAAUCGAAGCAAUCGAACCAAUCGAACUACCGAAACGGACAUCCCCUCGAAAAAUAUCUCCCAAACCAAUAGCAGAAGAAGCCCCCGCAAUCAAAAAGCCCGUCUCACCCAUGCCAGCAACCGUUCCUGCUCCUCCACCGGCUCCGGUGGAACAACCGGAUACCAGCAUCCGCUUCCAAACGGAGGAGGAAAUCCUCGCACAUGUGAUCUCAAAGUACCCGCUGGACACGAUCCUGGAGCGAUGCCUGGCGGCCGGCAAAACUCUCGAACAGCACAAGUCUGCCCGUUUGCUCACCCGGGAACUGUCCACGCUCAUGUCGAAAAGCAGCAAAACACGUCACACCGUCCUGGACGAACUGUCCGAGCGCCAUUCCGCCGAGUUCCUCGAGCAUGCCGUACAGGAGAACUCCUCCACCAUGGUGUGCCAGCGGUUGUCCAUGACCACGAUGACGGAAUAUAUCUUCGAAAAGCUACGGCAAUUGCCGCCGGAGGGUGGCAACCAGGAGGAUCAAGAAGAACGUAUCAAAAUCCUGCAGAUCAUGUUCGACCAGCUGGCUCAGAUGCACACGUGCAUCGGCGGGGACGAGUUCGUUCGGACGAGGGAGAGAUUCGUCAAGGCGGCAGUGUUUGCCAAGAGUCGGACCGACGUUAUGGCACUGCUGGAGGAGUAUUUCAACAAAGGCAGCAGCACCACCGACGCUGCGAUGACGUGACCGAAUGGUGCCCCCAAGAGGUAAUCACGUUUUAUUUUUAUACUAUAAGAGAGAUUUUAGCCUAGUAGUGAGUUAUAUUUUAAGGUGUAUUUUACGAUAUACAUAGAGGAGUGAACCACCUUGUUGAAUAGUGUAACAUUCUUAGCGUCGUAGAAAUGUACUAUUUUCAUCACUUUUUACAAGACCUAUGUUAUAUUUAGAUUAAAUAUAGCCAUCGCCCGAUCGAUUGCGCAGUUGUGACGCGUAAACUUGUGGUUUGAAUCGACUACAUUAGACUAAUACACUUAAAUGAAAAGAAAACCUUUAUCAUAGACGUAACGUGACAUGCCUUCUGGAAGCAAACCUAAUAUUUUAGAAAUUCUCAAUUUGGAACAAGAGGUACAAAAAAGUUGAUGGAAACAGAAAAUUUUAUAUAGGUAAGUGUCCACAUUUGGCAUAAGUUGUGAGUAUAAGAAAAAGUUUGAUUAA